AUGACCAGGGACUUUGCCGUCCUGCUACUCUCCAUCACUCAGUUGUCUUCCGCAAAUCCUCUCCCGGGGCACUUAAAGUUCGCCCCCGCAAAGUUCAGCCCUACUCUCCCCUCUACUGGAGGCCCCACCUCGCUCCCAUCCACAAACCUCACUCUGCAAUACAUUGCUCUCGGUCGUGGCAUCCAGAACUACACCUGUGCCAGCCUCUGCAGCGCUCCUGUCGCCCUCGGCGCUGUCGCCACGCUGUACGACGCCACAACCUUAGCCAAGACUAACGAGGCCCUCCUCAAUACCAUGCCUGGCAAAGCCGUCAUGAUUCCUCCCUCACGCGAUGGUUACGAUCUCCCACCUCCCGCCAACAAUCUCCGGGUUCUGGGCCACCACUACUUCGCCGCGGAUUCAACCCCAACCUUCAAUCUGACGGCCGUCAACAAGAUCCUCUUUGGCAAGAAGAAUGGAGACAUUCCCGCCCCUGUCGGGGCGCCCAAGGGUCCCUCGGGCAACGGGGCCGUCGACUGGCUUUCUUUGGUUGAAAAGCCCGACUAUAGCGAAAGUGUAGGAUUGGGCCAGGUUUACCGUGUUGAGACGGCCGGUGGCAAUCCACCAGCAGCAUGUUCGUCAACGGGGGUCGUGAGUGUACAGUAUGCUGCGGAGUAUUGGUUUUACGCUUGA